UGGUGGUUGGGGGGGGUGGGUGCUGUUGCAACAACGAAUUCCUAAACGUAAACGUGUCCUUGCGUUUAUUUUAGCAACAGUUUGGUUCGACGGCUAAAACCCCGCCCGAGGAAGCUUCUGCCGGGCGUCAUCCUCUCGUUCUGCUCCGGCCUCGCCGAGUCCUGGGGGGCAGCACCUGCGUAAUUUAUAUUGAGCCCCCCACAGCUGCGCCGUUCCAGUUCUUGUUUAGGGGGAGUCGGGUGGUGGAUUACUUUGAGAGUUAGGGUGAGUCUGUUGGUGGAUUACUUUGGGAGUUAGGGUGAGUCUGGUGGUGGAUUACUUUGGGCGUUAGGGUGAGUCUGGUGGUGGAUUACUUUGGGAGUUAGGGUGAGUCUGGUGGUGGAUUACUUUGGGAGUUAGGGUGAGUCUGGUGGUGGAUUACUUUGGGCGUUAGGGUGAGUCUGGUGGUGGAUUACUUUGGGAGUUAGGGUGAGCCUGGUGGUGGAUUACUUUGGGAGUUAGAGUGAGCCUGGUGGUGGAUUACUUUGGGAGUUAGUGCGAGUAUGGUGGUGGAUUAUUUUGGGAGUUAGGGUGAGUCUGGUGUUGGAUUAUUUUGGGAGUUAGGGUGAGUCUGGUGUUGGAUUACUUUGGGAGUUAGGGUGAGUCUGGUGGUGGAUUACUUUGGGAGUUAGGGUGAGCCUGGUGGUGAAUUACUUUGGGCGUUAGGGUGAGUAUGGUGGUGGAUUACUUUGGGAGUUAGGGUGAGUCUGGUGGUGGAUUACUUUGGGAGUUAGGGUGAGUCUGGUGGUGGAUUACUUUGGGAGUUAGGGUGAGUCUGGUGGUGGAUUACUUUGGGCGUUAGGGUGAGUCUGGUGGUGGAUUACUUUGGGCUCGACUCUCCCAAGGCGGUGGUGGUGGAGUCCGUGGGACCCCCCCGACGAGAGCCAUGUGUCUGCCGUGCCUCCUCGCCCAGGUGGCAUGUUGCUUUGGAUCGACCGCCUGCUCGCUAUGCUGCGCGUGCUGCCCCACCAUCAAGGAGUCGACGGGCUCGCGCAUCAUGUACACAUUCUACCACAUCUUGGGCACCAUCGUCUGCUGUCUCAUGCUGGCCCCAACCAUCUCCGAGUCGCUGAAAAAUAAUGUGCCCUUUUACUCGGACUUCUGCAACGCCAUCCAGGCCGGCGUGGACUGUGAGAAGCUGGUUGGCUACUCUGCCGUGUACAAAGUGUGCUUUGGGAUGGCGGCCUUCUUUUUCAUUUUCGCCAUCAUUCUCAUCAACGUGAAGACGAGCAGAGACUGCCGCUCCUACAUACACAAUGGGUUUUGGUUUUUGAAGUUCCUCAUGCUGGCAGGAUUUUGUGCAGGGGCAUUCUUUAUUCCAGAUCAGAACACCUUUCUGAAAGUGUGGCAGUAUAUUGGGAUGGUGGGAGGUUUCCUCUUCAUCCUCAUUCAGCUCAUUCUCCUCAUCGAGUUUGCUCACUCCUGGAACAAAAACUGGCUCACCGGUGCCGAGCAGAACAAGGCCUGGUACGCGGCGCUCAUCACCGUCACGCUGAUUUUCUACGCGGCGGCCAUCGCCGCCUUCGCCCUCAUGAUCGUGUUCUACACGAACCCGUUGGGCUGCGCUCUCAACAAGGGCCUCCUGUCCCUCAACCUCGUCCUCUGUGUGGCCGUCUCGCUGCUCGCCGUCUCACCCUGCGUGCAGAAGCGGCAACCACGGUCCGGACUGCUGCAGGCAUCCAUCAUCAGCUGUUAUGUCAUGUACCUGACGUUCUCCGCCGUGACAAGCCGCCCUGCUGAGACCGUCAUCAAUGCGAGCGGAAUGAACCAGACGAUCUGCUUCCCGAGCUCGAGCGAGGAUGGGCAGCGGAUCGGUGACACGGUGGUCGCCAUCGUGGGCUCCAUCAUCAUGUACGGCUGCGUGCUCUUCGCAUGUGUUGGAUCCCCUGUGCGCUCGUCUGUGGCUGCUCUGGGUAUUUCCAGCGACGAACGACCGUCUGCGACAGAGGCGUCUUGUUGUUUUUGCUGCGUCCAAGACGAGGAUGGUGCGGUCUACGAAGAGCCGGAAGACGGGGGAGGACAGAAGGUGGUCUUUAACGAACGCGACGGCGUGGUGUACAGCUACUCCUUCUUCCACUUCGUUUACUUCCUCGCCUCGCUAUACAUCAUGAUGACACUCACCAAUUGGUUCAGCUACGAGAACGCCCGGCUGGACACGGCAUUCACGCAAGGCAGUUGGUCCACCUUCUGGGUGAAGAUGGCUUCAUGCUGGGUGUGCCUCUCCAUCUACACCUGGACUCUGCUUGCCCCUCUCUGCUGCCCUGGUCGUGACUUUCCGGACUAAAUGCACCCGCGCUGGAAUGCCAUCCCACCGUGCACCUGCCUUUGCUGUGCCCGUGUUUCGCAGAUUUCUGCUCUACCACGAUUUCAGUGACCCACGUUAUAUGCACCUAAUCUGUAAAAUGGCUGACGCUGCCAUCAGGUAAAUGUUGUAUGCUUCUAUAUGAGAUGAUGUACAUUGAUUUAAAUUUGACUGUUUGCUCCUUGGUGAUUUGACCUCAACCAGUUUGUGGGUCAUAAUUUGAGAAAGCUUCAAAUUUUGUCUCAGGUUUUCUAGUUUCACAUAUUUAAAUUUUAAUUACAGGUGUUUGAUAUAUAAUUGAAUUAGCAGAACUGCAUUCUGGGUCUGCAUGUAAAAAUACAAAUAAUUCUUAGUCCAUCAGUGUAUUGGCUUUCCAGACCAAUAGUAUCAUGCGAAAUUGUUUAAGCGGCCAAAUUCUCAGUCUCGUCAGUACAGUAGAGUCGGGCUUAUUCUUGGUUCUUUCGGUAAAGUCACGUAGAAGGGAAACAAAACCAGUUUAUUAUUUUAUUGUUUCCCUUCUACGUGACUUUACCAAAAGAACCAAGAAUAUGAAUCCCUGCAGUCACGAAAGCUUUAAAUCAAAAUUUAGAGUCAGGCUUGUUAAAUAAAUGUUGCCAAUAGGUCGAUAGACUAAAAUAUAUUUGUAUUAUUAUGUGGAGACAGAAUGGAUUACGCUUAUAAUUAUGUUUACCCAUAAUGCAUCACGGCAACACAAUUAUUAUAUUCAUGCAAUCCGAGUUUAACAAUUAUGAUGCACCAGUGUUGUGUUUCAAUUGGCCACGGUGACGCUCUAGUUAAAGCACUUCACUCAAAGUUGGAAACUUCUCAGUUGAAGUCCCAUGUUAAGAACCAACUUGGCCUAUCAUAACUCCAUUGUUGAAAUAAUAAGUACCGUUUUGUGGGAGGUAAAGAGUCCUUAUCCUUAGGGAGACUGGCCUUUGCCAUGGAAAUUUAGAAUUUCCACCACUGGUUUAGGGUUGCCACUGAAGGCCAAUGUUUUAUUAAAACUGUAUCUCCAAAGUAGGGAGAGAAAAAUAUAUAUGGAACUUGCAGGUAAUAUCCUAAUAAACAGAUUCCUUAGCUUCGAAGAGCAAACUGAUUAAAUUAAUGUCAACCCUUUAAUUAUGAAUUAACUAGCAUAGCACGUUGAAAAUUAGGUGAAAGUUUAAGGAGCAAAUAGAGAACUAGAUACACACUGCGUGUAAAUUACUGGAAACUUCACACAGUAAUGUGAAUUUAGUUAAAUUCUGAAAAUGAACUUGACAAACACUUAAAACGUGGUCAGCGCUUAUCUUCAAAGUUCUUGUUAAUGAUGUUAAUGUAUAAAAACUUUUCGGUGACAUGUUGCAAUUGGCUGCAAUUUUUGAUACAUUUUAUCCAGCUUUAAAUUUACACAUAUCUUUUAAUGUAAGCAACUGGUUUAUAUGCCGGAACAAUUAUUUCAGCAUAUCGAUACGUUUUCCACAGUUAAUUUUGCCUAACUGCUUUUCCCAUAAUCGCUUGCAUAGAUUUUCAUCGCGCUCAUAGAAUGUGCUCAUGAACUUUUAAGUUAUUUUCUAGACUUACAAGCACUCCUGAUAGAAUUGUUUAACAUUAUAAUUGCUAUUAGUGCAAUAUGUUAAAUAAACGUGUACGCUUUUAUUCGUUUAACUUAUAUGUAUUUGCUGUAGUUAGUUCAUUUCAUGCUUUGCAUUAUAAAGAUGUAUUAUAAAACCAACAAGCAUGAUCCAUGAUUUUAUUAAAAAAUAUAUUGAACUUGGUCUCGUUUUUACCAUCGCGUUUGCGUUAUUUCUACAUUUUUCUUUUUUUACGUCUUUGCAUGGAAAUGUUGAUCACAAUAUUUAGCCUAAGCAUAAUAAUUGGCAUAUAUAUAAAUAACUUUUCACAUCAAUUUAAUUUUCAUAAAUUAUCCUUAUAAAUAAUCUUGAUGUGAACUUUUCAACGACGGUGACGUAAGCGUAGCAUUCAUCAUGAAUUGAUGCGUCGUUACACGCCUGAAGACAUCGCUCUCUGUAUUUACGGUAAUUGAGUGCAACGAUGCAUUGGAGAAGUACAAUAUGUUGCGUGUUUGUACCUUUAUUGAAUGUAAUGGUAGUGGGGGAAACCAAAAGUUUUGUUUAUCAUUCACAGUAACUGUAUUUCAUACUGUGAAUAAUGUUACUGCUUCGUUUAGUAUCGUUAAUUCACACACGAGGUUAAUGUCAAAUUUGUCGCAAUCCUAUCGGCUGCUUCGCUGCUAAUUACGCCACAGAAGCUGACCUUUGUAAUGUGUGGAUCUCUAUAACAACCGUCAUCACCAUCACGGUGCAGUGGUGUGCGGAGGCAACUGAUGUGUCCACGAAUGCCUUUUGAAAUAUGAAGUUAUACAUUUCAGGUAUGCAUUUGUUGUGUUUGUUGACAACUUAGAUAAAGCAUUUUUUUCUGGUGUUAUUCGUUACAGGCAACAUUCAUCACUGGUUAUGAUUUUGAUGUGGUUCAUGAUGUGGUGGUAUCGGAGUGGCCCUUAGAUGGAGAUGCCUUGUAUUUACAUUCUGACUCAACAGCAAGAUAUGUAUGCACCUCUCAGAUUUGUACAUGUUUCAAUGUUGUAGCAACCAGACCAGCUGACAUCAUGGUUUAAAAAACGUAUAUGUCACAGUCCCUUUAUCAGUCCACUGCUGAAUGAAGGCCUCUUCACACCGUGGCAGUCUUGGGGGUCGUUUGGCCCAUACGUCACCAUGUUGGUCAAUGCUGGUUGGUGAAGUGGCACGGUGGGGUCAGGACCACUUCAUAUUUCACUCGUCAUUCAUGUUAGCCAAGUCCAGGAAUUGAACUGUGCCCCAACCACUGUUUCUGCUGGUUCAUCCCCAGUGGAUUUGGUAUCUGGCUUAAAUUCAGGUUCCUCUUUUUCUACGACAAAUUGGCCAUGUAUAUAUCUUAAUAAUUACAUCCAAAGCCUGUGAUACAAAAGUAAAAUAUGUACUCAAUCUAGUUAUUUGCAGUGGGCUGCUUUUAAUUGCUGGGUUAAUGCCGUUUGUGCUUAUAUUCUGUGCUAUUUGAAAUCAAAUUUAAAGCAUUUUUAUUUCAGUUUCCCAUCCGCAGCGAUCAAUCUCCUAAACUCUUGAGUACCUCGAACAUCCUUAACUACGUUGGGUAGAUGGAUUGAACUUUGGAAAAUAGCUGUCAACAACCAUUGGUUAAAUCUAUCACUGUAAGCUGAGAGUUGAGUGUGGACGGUGGUUAAUGUGUCCAUUCAAAACGACACAUCGCCGCUAUGAAACGGGCACCCACGUCAAGUUUUAGUUUGUCAAUUCGUAUUUUUUUUCGUAAUUUGUCGCAACCUAAAAUUAUUUGCUAGUUUAAGUUAUUUUUCAAAUGAAUUUACCAUUGCUUGUAAAAGCCCUGACUCUGCGCAGCUCGCCCGUUAGUUUAUGAGCUUUUUUUUACGGUGACCGCCAAAGGUGAACUACGUGCCUCUCUUGUUCCGGUGUGGUCUCGGUGCAUCAUCGCUUAAAAAUCAAUUGAAGCAAAAGCUUCCCGCAGUAUGACGUGGAUGUUAUUUAUUAUGGAACUGUUAUCUGUGGAGCGCGUGCUAUGUGGUCACAUCCAUCAGGGAGACCGCACCAAUGUUCAAAGAUAAAUAAAUAGCUGGCACCCAA